AAUGUAACCGAACAACUAAACGGAACUCAGCUAGUUCAGGUCUCUCUAAUACGAUCUCUCUGAGAUCGCAGUUGAUGUCACUUAGCUCGUUGAAAUAUUUUUGGAGCAAUGAAUUGCUGUAACAAAUAGCUUGAAAAGAGAGGAAAAAAGAAUCAAAAUUCAGAUGAACUCACCAUUUGGGUCGUUCAUUUUGCAUGUAGCAAGCGAUAAGAAUAAUCCAUCAUAAAAUUAUAAAUCCGCAUUCGAUUGUCCUCAGUAUAUCUGCCAAUUCGAUUCGAAAAUGUUGAAAGUGUUCAUAGUAGUGCUUACGGUUCUAUCGCUUGAAAGCAACGCAUCUCCUCUGGAAUCUGACUACCGGAAAUAUCUUCGAACACGUCGUCCCCAGGCUCCGGGAGAGGUUCACGUCGAAGAAGUGCUAGAAGUUUUCAAAACUAAGAAUCGCCCUCCUACGUACGGCGUUUAUAAUGCCCAGGUCAAUGGGUUUCUGGCGAACGAUCUGUUUGUGAGACGAAAGGCUGGUUCCACCAUCACCAGCACCACCCCUAAAUCAAUGUUGACGACACCUACCAACGUGAUCAGUUCCACUGUGCCGUUGUGGCGAAAUCCGCGAACCACUUAUCCAACCCCUAGUGGGGAUAAUGAGAACCCGGACUAUACUUAUCCGUUUAAUCCAACCAUUUCGAUGACCAAAUAUCCGAAUUAUGUGCGCCCGACGACCAUCAUUAUCCAGGAGGCUGCGGAAUGGACCACAGAGAAACUUUCGAAGACGAGCGGUGAAGGAAACGGUGCCGAUUAUCUGGACGAAGAUCACGACGAAUAUCGCUAUUCAAACGAGGAUUAUUUUGAAUAGAAGAUGAAUCUGGACGUUCGAAGCGAUCGAAGUAUUCGUUGAGCAAACCUUCGGGUGAAGCGAGUGUGGCGGAAUGUUAAGUGCUUCGAACAAUAGACAUCUGGUAUCGACAAUUAUACUUAAGAUAAUGUUUAACUUUAUAUAAUUCUACAAGUAGCUCGUAACCAAUUUAGCACAUAGUACUUUUAAGCAGACAAACCAAUACGAAAUCAAUUGAAAAAUGAUCGACUACUGUUAUGUUUGUAUGUUGCAAUAAAGCUCAAGUUUAAUGUUUA